AUGACUUCUGUCGGUACUGAGCAUGCCAUCGAGGCGGCUGCGGCUGACCUCAAGGGUGUGACUCUGGCGGACGAGAAAACGGGUCUUGAUGGCCGCCGAUCUGAGCAUGACUCUGAAGCCGAGACAGUUGUUCCUCCCACGGAUGAGGAGUUGCAUACCCUACGCAGAAUACCUGCACCGAUCCCGUGGAUCUGCUUUACAAUCGCGUUCGUAGAGCUUUGCGAGCGAUUUGCUUAUUAUGGCACAACUGCAGUUAUGACCAACUUCAUCCAGAAACCACUACCUAUAGGCUCUACCACAGGAAAUGAUCCUCACCCGAAUGGCCGUCCUGGUGCCCUAGGUGCCGGACAACGAGCUUCGACCGGUUUAGUGACAUUCAAUCGCUUUUGGGCUUACUUCAUUCCUCUAUUCGGUGGCUGGAUUGCCGAUACCAGAUGGGGCCGCUUCAAGACCAUUCAUGCUGCCAUUGCGAUGGCCAUGUUUGGCCACAUCAUCAUCAUUAUCUCGGCCAUUCCUGAUGUGAUCAAGCACAAGAACGGAGCUUUGGGCUGCUUUUCCGUCGGAUUGAUCUUCUUCGGUAUUGGCGUGGGUGGUUUUAAGCCCAACAUCUCGCCACUCAUGGCUGAGCAAUUGACGGCUAAGCCAAUGCACGUCGAGACAUUGAGAUCUGGUGAACGAGUCAUCAUUGACCCUGCUCUGACUACUCAGCGAAUGUUCAUGUAUUUUUACCUGUUCAUCAACAUCGGCUCCAUCAUUGGACAAAUCACCAUGGUGUAUGCUGAGCGUUACGUUGGCUUCUGGCUAUCCUUCACUUUACCAACGUUCAUGUUCUGCCUUUGCCCACUUGUCCUUGUGGUGUUUCGCAAGAAGUACACCACUCGACCACCGACAGGGUCUGUUUUGGGCAAGUCUGUGCAGUUGAUCCGCUUUGCACUAAAAGGCAAGACUUCUUGGAACCCAAACAAAACUUUGGCGAAUAUCCGCGACCCGAGUUUUUGGGAGGACGUGAAGCCCUCCCGAGUGGAGAACAAGCCAGCUUGGAUGACUUUCGAUGACCUCUGGGUUGAUGAAGUUGCACGUGGAGUUAAGGCGUGCCUGGUCUUUUCAUUCUAUCCUCUGUUCUGGCUUGCUUACAACCAGAUUGACAACAACUUGGUAUCUCAGGCAAAUACGAUGGAGCUUCACGGCGUGCCGAAUGACCUGCUUAACAACUUGAACCCUCUUGGUAUCAUUAUUAUGAUUCCGAUUCUUGACAACAUCAUUUACCCGCUUCUACGAAAGUUCAAGAUCAGAUUCAGUCCGCUGAAGCGUAUGUGUGCCGGCUUCUUCAUUGCCUGCUCUGCUAUGAUCUGGGCAACUGUGGUCCAGUAUUACAUCUACAAGCUCGGAGCCUGCGGUCAUUACAUGAAUUCUUGCGAUAACCCUGCUCCUCUCAAUGUCUGGAUUCAAGCCGGCUCAUAUGUUCUUGUCGGACUUGCUGAGAUCAUGGCAUCUAUUACUGGUCUCGAAUACGCUUACACCAAGGCACCAGCGAACAUGAAGUCUCUAGUUUUUGGCUAUUACAAUUUCACGUCCGCUCUAUCUGCCGCCCUUGGCCAGGCGUUUGUCUCGCUCUCCGAUGAUCCGCUGCUCGUGUGGAACUACGGCUCCGUGGCUAUUAUUGCUUUUGUGGGCGGUAUCCUAUUUUGGUGGUUCUUUGUGCGUCCGUGGGAUAGUCAAGAAGAAGCAAUGAACCUGCUUCAGGAAUCUGCAUACAAGGGCAACAACCUCGGUGGAUAUGAUAACGAGAAGCUUGCUGACCAUGCCGACGAGCCGACUGACCCAGAGCCGGCUCCGACUAAGGUUUCCGGACCGGUUUAA